GCUCUUCUCUCCUUCUCCAAGAUGGCGGCGGUCGGCGGCGCUGAGGCGGGAUCCGGGGGAGCCGAGUGAAGACCUGGUCCUGUAGACGGGAAGGAGCCUGGACACAGUGACACAUUCUCAAAGGCCCUGCAGGACCGCCAUGGCUUAUGAUGACUCCAUGAAGAAAGAAGAUUGCUUUGAUGGUGACCACAGCUUUGAGGACAUAGGACUUGCAGCUGGCCGAAGCCAACGAGAAAAGAAACGUUCUUACAAAGAUUUCUUAAGGGAAGAGGAAGAAAUUGCUGCUCAGGUCAGGAAUUCUUCCAAGAAGAAGUUUAAGGAUAGUGAGCUUUACUUCUUGGGGACGGACACACACAAGAAGAAGCGGAAACACUCCUCUGAUGACUACUACUAUGCAGGACAGUGGUUCUUGUUCUGAGUGCCGAUAAACCAGUGUGAAGGAGGAGAGAGGUGGAGGGCUGGUAUUUUGGAGGAUUCAGCAUAGAAGAACAGUCUUCAUUUGUGAUAUACCAGACAUUUCGUCUCUGGAAUCGUCACAAAAGAAAAAGAAGAAGUCCAGCCCACAACCUGCCGAUACAGCUAUGGACCUGUUGAAAGCCAUCACUUCCCCACUGGCGACAGGCUCCAAGCCCUCCAAAAAGGCUGGGGAGAAGUCCUCCAGCUCCUCAAGCCAUUCAGAAAGCAAAAAAGAACACCACCGGAAGAAAGGCAGCGGAAGUGGCGGGGAGCUCUCCCUGGAGGAUGGCAGCUCCCACAAAUCCAAAAAAAUGAAGCCCCUCUAUGUAAACACAGAGACACUGACCCUCCGUGAGCCUGAUGGCUUGAAGAUGAAACUUAUUCUCUCACCAAAGGAGAAGGGAAGCAGCUCAGUUGAUGAGGAGUCUUUUCAGUACCCCUCUCAACAAGCGACUCUGAAAAAAUCCUCCAAGAAGUCAGCUCGGGAUGAGCAAGGUGCUUUACUCCUAGGACACGAGUUACAGAGCUUUCUGAAAACGGCCCGGAAGAAGCACAAGUCAUCCUCAGACCCACAUUCGUCUCCUGGCCCUGAAGUCUGCGGGCCUGAUGCCUCCCAGGCCCCCGAACCCCACAGUGCUAACCUUGAUCUUUCAGGGCUUGAACCUAUUCUGGUGGAAUCAGACUCAUCCUCUGGCGGGGAGCUAGAAGCUGGCGAGUUAGUGAUAGAUGAUUCUUACCGGGAAAUCAAGAAGAAAAAGAAGUCAAAGAAGAGCAAAAAGAAGAAGGACAAGGAGAAGCACAAAGAGAGGAGGCACUCAAAGUCAAAGAGAAGUUCGGGACUGUCUGCUGCAGCAGUGGGAGAGGUCACAAUGACACCCGGCCCUCCUCCCCCCAGCGUCCCACACGCUGGAGCCGCUGCCCCUGCCCCACCACCUCCCAGCUUCCACACAGAUGGGCACAGUGAGAAAAAAAAGAAGAAAGAAGAGAAGGACAGAGAAAGAGAAAGGGGGGAAAAGCCAAAAAAGAAGAACAUGUCGGCCUAUCAAGUGUUCUGUAAAGAAUAUCGUGUAACCAUUGUGGCUGACCAUCCAGGGAUAGAUUUUGGGGAACUUAGUAAAAAACUGGCUGAGGUGUGGAAACAAUUGCCAGAAAAGGACAAACUGAUUUGGAAACAAAAAGCUCAGUAUCUGCAGCACAAACAGAACAAAGCAGAAGCUACAACUGUGAAAAGAAAAGCAUCAAGCUCAGAAGGUUCCAUGAAAGUCAAAGCUGCUUCUGUGGGAGUACUGUCACCCCAAAAGAAGUCCCCACCAGCCACCAUGCUGUUACCAGCAUCACCAGCCAAAGCCCCUGAGACAGAGCCCAUCGAUGUUGCAGCUCACCUUCAGCUGUUGGGAGAGUCUCUCAGCCUCAUCGGACACCGUCUACAGGAGACGGAGGGCAUGGUGGCAGUGUCUGGCAGUUUGUCAGUGCUUCUGGAUUCCAUUAUCUGUGCUCUUGGCCCCUUGGCAUGUCUGACUACACAACUACCUGAAUUGAAUGGCUGUCCCAAACAAGUCUUGUCAAACACGCUGGACAACAUUGCUUACAUCAUGCCUGGACUGUGACAGCGGGGACUCCUGGGGCAGAAGCCUCACCUACCCUGUGUAUAGGUUUGUGUAUAUAUGACUGUUCAAACCCCUCCGCUGGCCUCUGGGUGUAGGUUUUACAUUUUUAUAUCUAUACAUAUAUAUAUACAUAGAUAUAUCUGUAUAUAUGUAAUGUACAAUAUAUACAUAGGAUUGUAACUACUUUGCUUUUAAUAAUUUUAUGAAAUGGCAAAGGUUUAGCCAAGAGGAAUCUUUGGCAUGAGUAUGGGCUUGGGAUCUUUCUUCUCUUGUGGUGGGUAAAUCUGCCUUAAAAAUCAGUGUAUCUUGGGGCUGGGGGCUUGUUCUGGGUGCCAAGUGCAUCUCCUUAUGGAUAGCUAAAAUGUGAUUUUUUUUCCAAACUCAUUUGUACCUCCAGACCCAUCACUGACCACUUGCCUUACCUGUCUAAUAGUCAGACAUAUAAUAAGAGAGAUUAUGGGAGGGUGCCAGCUGACCCGAAGUACAAAGGCUUUCAAUCUGAAGUGUCGGAGGUGGGAGGUGAUGAGCUCAUUCCCACUGUGGCUAUUAAAGUGGCUUAGAUGGACUAAGUAGGGGGUUCAUUCCAAGUCCUACUAUACAGUGUCCAUGUCUCAAACUUUAUCGUAAUCAUUGGUACCAUUGGCAGCCUCAGCAGAGGCCAAGGAGUUGUGCGAUUCCUGGCAGCAAAAAUACCUUGGAGAGGGUGAUGCUGCUGGUGCCACCGUUGGACCUGCAUGUAUUCUCUUAGCUGACCAGAGUAUUUGGUUUGUAAAACCAAGAACUGGUAUCUUUCAUUGGCAGCAUUAGAUUGGCCACCAAGUCCUCAGAAAUCCUGCUGCUCAUUUGCUUGGUGGUUAUGGAAGGUAGACUUGGUCCAGCGUGGUUCUUGGGUUUAUCUUAACAGUUCCCUUGGUGGGCAGAUACACAGUGUUCUGCGUUCCACAUGUAAGUGAAUUGCAAAAAAAGUACUCAAUUCUCAUGUAGGUUUAUUUAUGUGUGUGUGUGUGUGUGAAUGUGUAUUUUAAUUAUGUGUAUUUAACUCUUUAAAAUUUCUUAGAUUUUAAUUUAUCCUGUAAAUUUAUGUAUAUAUAAUUUAAUAACAAAAGCCUCCACCAGCAACAGCAUGUGGAAGAUACAGAUUUAUUAUUUCAUCCUCCCUUCCUCUGGGCUGUUCCAAAAACUCUAAAUCACCUAUAUUUUAAGGUAUUGUACCUCAAAAAGGAAUCAUUAUGUCGGGAUUCUAAUUCUCUAUAAAGAACUUCAUGGCCUUCAAUAAUGUUGAGAAAGUGAAAUAAAAAGAAACAUUACCAUUCCCAGCUCCCCUUAUUUCCAAAGACCUAGACCUGCUUCCCAGUUGCAAAGAAGACAGUUGGACACUUCAGGGUGGUUUCUGUUUGGUGUGAGAUUCUCUGCCAAAACCAAGCUCUGAGGCAACUGUGCUUUCCUCCCCGGCCUAGACAGAGCAGGACAGCAUCACAGUGACCUCUGGGGACAGUGCAGCCAGCCGGCGUCCCAUUCAUUCCUUCCUUUCUUCCACCAGUGUUACAGGGCUGUGCUUCCCAGAGGCAUCUUGCUGCCUAGUCCCUUUCUCAGCUCAGAGCAGUUUUAAGAUUUAAUCCAGGAAAUAGAAAGAAACCGGAAUGUUUAGGAACUAAAAUCAAGAGAAGCAGAAAUCUUAGCUUGAUUUCAUGUGUCAGAACCUUGUGCCAUGCCUCAUCUGUCCCGCGCAAGUUUCCUGUUCCGACACAGGAUAUCAGGGAGGGGCAGGGAGACAUGGUAGGACAGAAAGAACUCACUCCUGCCACUGUCAUUUGUAUACAUGAAUGAAAUCCCAAUGAGGACCCACUUUUUUGUUUUCCUUCGAAACCCAGUCCUAUUGUAUUUGUAUUUAAGAUUUGUACACAUUUGUAUAAUAAUCUGUACCUUGUGGUAUUUGGUACUAUUAGAGGAAAAACUUUGGAUUCGGGCCUUCUUGCAGUUUUUAUAUCAUUGUUUUAUUUUGUUUUUUAAAUAAAUUCUAGUGGUUUGAUCCAAAUCCCAUUACAGUUGUAUAAAGAAAUAAAAUUUUGUACUUAUAUUAUUAAAAAUCACAUUUUUAAUAUUUGUA